AUGCCUGCGUUGGCCUCGAGCGGCGUCGACAACUUCCAUCGUGAGCCGAGUGCCCCGGCUCAAGCCGCGCGCGACGAGUCGAGGGCUGGUCAAAACGCUUGCCGCACGCGGCCAAUCGCGGAGAUGACAACCUCGCCGGAUGAUAUCAACACAUGCCCUGGGUCUAGCACGACUGAGUGCCGCCGUUCACCCGCCAGCCAUGAGGAGGGGAGGCCGCCGGGAAGCCUAGCAUCCGAUGAAGGCAAAAGCCAGCGUGCGGGACUUCGGUGGUUCAGCCAGAUGAAGUCUUGGCUUUCCGUCAGCGAGCCUUCGGCGCAGGCGAUGAAGGAUCAGAGAAAGUCGGCCUAUCGCAAGUACGGCAUUGAUCUCCACGACCCCAACGCCGCCGCAAAGAUGCAUUUACCCAUCGGCAAAGUACCCGAAGGCGUUACUACAUCUACGAAAGGCCCCCGUCCGGAAAAGGUAUUCCAAGAGAGGGCCAAACGGGCGGGGACGGUUGGCAGGCAGGCGUACCUAGCCCACGACGGGUCGCAAUCGGUCUCCAGCGGCUUGUCCUCCAACGCAAGCACCAAGGAAGCCAGUCCGGUUGCCCCGUGGGCGUGA